UAGUGCGCUCGGGAGCUCGGCCUGUGCGGCGGCGCCAGCGGAGAGCCAGGCCCAGAGCGCCGGAGCCGGCCUUCUGGGGAGGGGCGGGAGGCGCGCGCGCGCGAGGGCCCGCCCGGCCUGGGCCCCGGGCGCUUCCAGAGGCCGGCCGCGCUCCCGGCCCGCCCGAAGCCCAUGCUCGGAGGCUGGCCCGUGCUGCGGCUGGAGGGGGGGCCCGGCUCUGCAUGGCCCCGGCUGCUGACAUGACUUCUUUGCCACUCGGUGUCAAAGUGGAAGACUCUGCCUUCGGCAAGCCAGCGGGGGGCGGCGGGGGCCAGACCCCCAGCACCACCACGGCCGCGGCGGCCGCCAUGGGCAUGGACGAGGAGGGGGCCAAGCCCAAAGUGUCCCCUUCACUCCUGCCCUUCAGCGUGGAGGCGCUCAUGGCCGACCACAGGAAGCCCGGGGCCAAGGAGAGCGCCCUGGUGGCCUCCGAGAGUGCACAGGCAGCUGGCGGCUCGGCGCAGCCCCUGGGCGCCCGGCCCGGGUCGUUGGGCGCCCCGGACGCGCCGUCCUCGCCGCGGCCACUCGGCCAUUUCUCAGUGGGAGGACUCCUCAAGCUGCCAGAAGAUGCACUCGUCAAAGCCGAGAGUCCGGAGAAGUCCGAGAGGACCCCGUGGAUGCAGAAUCCCCGCUUCUCCCCGCCCCCGGCCAGGCGGCUGAGCCCGCCGGCCUGCACGCUGCGCAAGCACAAGACCAACCGCAAGCCGCGGACCCCCUUCACCACGGCGCAGCUGCUGGCGCUGGAGCGCAAGUUCCGCCAGAAGCAGUACUUGUCCAUCGCGGAGCGCGCGGAGUUCUCCAGCUCGCUCAGCCUCACGGAGACGCAGGUGAAGAUCUGGUUCCAGAACCGCCGCGCCAAGGCCAAGAGACUGCAGGAGGCAGAGCUGGAGAAGCUGAAGAUGGCCGCCAAGCCCAUGUUGCCCCCGGCCGCCUUCGGCCUCUCCUUCCCGCUGGGCGGCCCCGCGGCUGUGGCGGCUGCCGCGGGCGCCUCGCUCUACGGCGCCUCUGGCCCCUUCCAGCGUGCUGCGCUUCCCGUGGCUCCCGUGGGACUCUACACGGCCCACGUAGGCUACAGCAUGUACCACCUGACAUAGAGGGCCCAGGGUCGCCUGCCUGUGGCGCCCGUGGCACCAGCCACAUCCUCCAGCUCUGAUCUUCUGCAAGCGGCAGGGCCCCCCCCACCCCGCCAGCUCCCCUGCUUGGCCCCGCCUGGUCCCCCUUCCCUUUAGCCCCCACACUGCUCUGGGUUUUCCUCCGUGGCGCCCUGACUUCACUCUCUGAAGUCCGUUCCUUUCCCAGAAAGUGACUGGAAGGGCCCCUUCUCUUCUAGAAUCUAGAUCCGCCCCUCGUGUUACAGGUGGGGAAACUGAGGACAGAGAGGUUAAGAAAUGGAUCCGCCUGGUCCCCGGCAGAGUAGCUGGGUGGACCAGGCGCAGAGGCCGCUUCCGCAGCAUCGCUGCCUCCCGCCCUGGCAGCAGGCAGGGAGAGCACAGAGUAGUGACUCUCGAUGGGAGAGUUUGGAAAGGAGAACAGCAGGAGACAAGAGCACUCCGACGAAGCGAGGGGUCCUGGUCCUUCCCCUGGAGCACUUAGAACCUCGCAAGACAUUGGUUUUGGGUGGGGGGGGCACGCAGAUGCGUUACGGAGGAAGGUGGAAGGGACCUCUCUGUUAGCAGUACCAGAAAGAAAAAAUUGUAAAAUAAAAAGUAAAAUUCUGUUUCUAUUUAACAGUGCAUUGGUGUGGCUCUCGAGAAUGAAUCCCUUUGGAAGGGAUCGGGUGUAAUAUACUGUAUAUUUGAAAUUUUAUUAUCAUUUAUAUUAUAGCUAUAUUUGUUAAAUAAAUUAAUUUUA